AAAAAAAAAAAAUUAAAUUACACAUUGAAAACUUCCACGACAAAUCUUGAGGAAAGUAGAAUCAACCCAUUUCCUGAAGAACCUUCCUCACAACUCCACCGUCUCUCUUCAAUCUCCAUUGCACCCCUGCGAGUCUACGAUUCUCUCUCUCUAUAAUCAACCUUACCAAAUCCAAACUCAAUCCGACGAAGAAAGAGAGAAACAAAUGGCAACGAAUUCUAAUGACCCAAAUGAAUUGAUUUCAUCCUCGUUCUCUGAUUUCCCAGAAGACGUCCAGCUCUGCGUCCUCUCAUUCCUCACACCUUCAGAGAUCGCCAACUUCGCUUGUACAUCGAAACGCUUCGUCUCUCUCUGCCGAAACGACGCCAAGCUCUGGUUCUCUAUGUGCGACCGCAGGUGGGGAUCGAAGACCCAAAUCAAGAAAUGGGGCAGUGGUAAAAUUUCGUACAGACAGCUCUACAGAACCCUCAGUGAACUCGAAAACCUCAUCGGUUUUUGGCGCCGUUGCGGCCAAACCAAGAACAUCACCACCAAUUCGCCACCGCCGCUCAUCUUCUUCGAGUGGGGUUCGUUUUUUAUAAUCGGUUCAAGAAUUUCCCCUUCAAAAAAUGGCACUUAUGAUGUGAUCAGAGCCCCAUUUUUGUGGAUAAGUAUCACACGCAAUGGUGGAUCCAUCAGCUUCAUCGAUCUGGAGUGUAGACCCGAAUUAUCUGAGAAUUUGGUUAACAACUCGGGUGAUUUUGGGUGCUUGGAAAAUGAAUUGGUGCCAGUAAAUGUGAGUUUCAUGGGGAAAUCUCACGUUGUUGUCGAGGAAAAUUUGGGUUUUUCUUAUUCGAAUCCGGUUCAGAGGGUUUUGAAUUCGGGGAAUGUGAGGGGAGAAGAGUGUGGGGUUGUGGAGGAGGUUGCUGGGUCUCCACCGGACCGAUUGAUGUCGGAGAUUUAUCAGUAUUUUGCAAACAGGACGAGUCCGGGAGGGAAUGGUGCAGCGAGGAGACAGAGGAGGAGAGAGAAGGAAAGGCAGGGGAGAAGGAAAUGGGAACCGGAGCAUUUCGUCAAGAUUGAAAAUUGUUCGCCCACGGCUUCGCGGCCACUGCAGGGCUUAUGGAAGGGUAUUUGUGAUGAUAUGAACUUGGAUUUUUACCUCGUGGUGUAUGAUGACAUUGGGGGUAUUGCCUGCCGAAGAGUCGGGGAUGCGUCUAAACCUUUCUCAGGUUAUGACCCAGUAUUUUGGACAUCAAAUACUACAUUCAUUGAGUCUCCAUUGCCAUUUGAAGAAGAGUAUAUAUAUAACAGUCGUGUGCAUCUUCGGCCACCUCCAGCAGCAGAUGACGAUCAUGGACAUCCCUCUUCAGAUAAUGAAGCAGUCUCGCACAUUCUUCACAUCAACUCAAGUUAUGAUCUGGUUAUUGCAGACUUGGCAGGAACUAUAGCGAAUUCUUGGCUGGUCGAGGGAAGGAUUUGGCAGUAUGAGAAUGGAACAUUUGGAUUUGGGUUUCUUCGUAACCAUUACGUUACAGACUUGAAGCACAUUGCCUGGAAUGGUUGUCUUCUGGAUGCAAUUGAAUUUAGUAAUAGUUGAUAUCAUUGUUUAGGAUCAUCAUUUGUACAAAAUAACUUUGUGUACGGAUACCUUUGUGCACUAUGACUUAUGUAACAUCUUCACAUGAAAUUAAUAUUGUG